AUGGCUCACCCUUCGACCAAAAGACGGUUCAACAAUGUUGAUCCUGUGGGUGAUGAAGGCCCAGAACCCAAGGUGCACCGCGCAGCCACCGCCCCCACACAGCGAUUAGGGGAGGAUACCUCCUUCAUCCCUCUCACCCAGACAGAGGACGAGGAUGCAGAAGCUGAAGGGCUGAUUCAGGGGAGUCAAGAUGUUGAUGUUUCGUCCGCCACCAGCGUUAUGCUGUAUGGAGAGAUUCACACCAAAAUUGUCGGCGUUCGCUUUUACACCGGCCACGCCACCAUAGGCGAGACGGUCAUUCUGAGGAGACAGGCCGACAACCCCUAUGACUCUAAUGCAAUCCGCGUUGAAAAUGUCAUGCGCGAUCAGAUCGGCCACAUCCCCCGUGCGAUGGCUGCCAAGCUGGCCAAGUACAUGGACCAGCGCACCUUGAUCCUCGAGGGUAUGCUGACCGGCGUCAUUGGCGCGUUCGACUGCCCCAUCCUGGUGCGGCUCUUCGGUCCCAGUGACCCGGUGAGACGCCAGGGUCUCAAAAGUCAGAUGGAGGCCGACAAACUGCCUCUGUCGGAAUUCAAGCGCAAAGAGCGCGAGGAGGCCCGGAGCAAGAAGGAGCAGGAGAAAGCACAGAAGGCGGCUGAAAAGAAAGCCCGCGCGUUGACUUCGGGCAAGGGGAUGCAGUAUCAAGGCCAAAGUGAGCUAGGUUUGUCAAAUCUCAUGGCUGGGGAAGGCAUCUCGGAGGAAAACCUGGAGGAUAUCAUUGGCCAGAGUAGCACCUUUAACCCCAGGGAUAUUGGCCAAGUCACGGAGAAUUUUGGUUUGAGUGAGUCCGACCUGGCCAACAUGCCGAUGGCGGACGUGCCCUCGGCCCUCUCGACCCAGCUUCUCCCGUAUCAACGCCAGGGGCUGGCGUGGAUGAUGGAUAAAGAAAAUCCGAGCUAUCCGACAACAGGCUCCGACGACGUGGUGCAGCUCUGGAAGCGCGAAGGCCACAAGUUCAGGAACAUUGCAACAAACUAUUCGACGUCUAACGCCCCACCCUUGGCGAGUGGCGGCAUCCUGGCCGACGAUAUGGGUUUGGGGAAAACAAUCCAAGUCAUUUCGCUGGUCCUGGCUAGUCUUCAGCCCAAGUCUCCAGGCGCGACUACGACGACUCUCAUUAUCAGCCCAGUCGGCGUGAUGAGUAACUGGAAGGAUCAAAUGAACGAUCAUACCCACCCCGAGAAUGCUCCACAGGUGCUCAUCUACCACGGGUCCGGGAAAAAGGAGGCGGACAAUCUAGCUCAGUACGACGUGGUAGUCACCAGUUACGGCGCUUUGGCCAUGGAAUACAAGCCGGAUUCUAAAAAAUUGCCAGCCAAGGGGCUCUUUUCCAUCCAUUGGCGGCGUGUCGUGCUGGACGAAGGACACACGAUCCGGAAUCCGCGUUCCAAAGGUGCCCUUGCCGCCUGUCAUCUGAAGGCGGACUCUCGAUGGACCCUAACGGGCACGCCAAUCAUCAACUCGCUCAAAGAUCUGUACUCGCAAAUCCGCUUCCUCGGGCUAACUGGCGGCCUGGAAGACCCGGCGGUCUUCAACGGUGUUCUAGUCCGACCUCUCAUGUACGAGGACCCCAAUGCUCGUUUGCUUCUCCAGGCCCUCAUGGGCACCCUGUGCCUUCGUCGGCGCAAGGACAUGGAAUUUGUCAAUCUGCGCCUGCCGCCGCUUGCCUCGCGCGUCCUACGCGUGAAGUUCCACCCAGAUGAACAGGAAAAAUACGACAUAUCCGAAGCCAAGGGUAUGCUCUUGGAUUUCAAGUCCCAAGACAAAUCCAGUACGACGUACUCCAACCUCCUCGAGGUCAUCUUGCGCCUCCGACAAGUCUGCAACCACUGGGCGCUCUGCAAAACCCGCGUCGACAACCUCGCCAAACUUCUCGACAAGCACAAAGUCAUCCCGCUCACACCCGCGAACAUCAAAACCCUCCAAGAGAACCUGCAGAUCCGCAUCGAGAGCCAAGACACCUGCCCCAUCUGCCUCGACACCCUCGAACAACCCGUCAUCACCGCCUGCGCCCACUCCUUCGACCGCGGCUGCAUCGAGCAGGUCAUCGAGCGCCAGCACAAAUGCCCCAUGUGCCGAGCCGACAUCGAAAACACCGACACGCUCGUCUCCCCCGCCGUCAACAUGGGCGAGUCCGCAGACGACGACAGCAACAACGGCGCCACAGCCGACCCCGACCACCCCAGCAGCAAGAUCGAAGCCCUAAUAAGGAUCCUCACAGCCAAAGGCCAAGUCCCAGGCACCAAAACCGUCGUUUUCAGCCAAUGGACCUCCUUCCUCAGCCUUCUCGAACCGCACCUCCACCGCCACGGCAUCGACUUCGCCCGCAUCGACGGCAAAAUGCCCUCAGUCGCCCGCGACAACGCCUCCCACCGCUUCUCCAAGGACCCCUCCUGCACUGUGCUCCUUGCCUCCCUCAGCGUCUGCAGCGUCGGUCUCAACCUCGUCGCCGCCAACCAGGCCAUCCUGUGCGACUCGUGGUGGGCCCCCGCCAUCGAAUCCCAGGCCCUAGACCGUGUCUACCGCCUCGGCCAGACCCGCGAUACUACCUUCUGGCGCCUUAUCGUCGAGGAUAGCAUCGAGGACCGCGUCCUUGAUAUCCAGGAGACGAAGCGCAAGUUGAUGCUCGAUGCGUUUCGUGAAACUGCGCCGAAGAAGAGAGAUGAUCGUACUACGAGGAUCGCCGAUAUUGAGCAGUUGCUGGGAUGA